CCGGCAAUGCAGCUUGUGCCCCUUUGAAUCGCAUUGUUUUCCGCCAGUCGGGCAUUGACCGUUUGUGACCGUUUCCUCCCUUUCCAACCACGUUCGCCUUUGUGGCAACCCUUGCCACAACGGCUCCUUGUGAUGCCUUUCUUUGGGCCGAAAGGAACAACAUGUUCUUGAAUGGUUUGAAGAGGGAGGGACUGAGAAAGAAGGCCGGCCUUUGAAAAUCGUAAAACGGACGUGUUUCGCAAGUCGAGGCGGCAGACGGGUUUCCUUCAACUCUUGCUUCACUCGCUCCCCGGACUCACACGCUUCUUUUUGUCUGGCGUCUCUCAAUGCCUCUUGCGACAAGUGAGCUAGCUGUUUUACUCCUGUUUCCUGUCUCCAAGCCUAAGCUUGUUCUUUUGGACUGAGGCUUAGGCUUUGAUUGUGUUGCGUCUAGUUGUUUCCUGUCCGCUGGACGUCCUUUUUCUCAUCAUCAUCAAUACUGCAAACCGUCGUGCAAGUGCGCUGAGCACAACUGCCAACAGCCGUCAUGGCACAAGAAAGGAUGCCCGAGCUGGACAGCAUAGUCCGCAGGCAGUACCACCGCUUCCCAGCCGAGACAUGGGAGCUCACCCGGAAAGCUCUCGAAGACCCCGAGCCCUACCGCCUCUUCCAACACAUCGAGGUCCUCAUCUUCACUCGUAGAAUUGAUGACGUGCUCAGGAAGAACCCAGAGUUCCGUGCCCUGCUGGCCGACAUGUACGGCAAUCGGUACGACUGGCUGCGGGAUGCGGACCUGGGAACAGGUCGAUGGGAGGGCUCCCGCGAGAACGCGGCCGAGAGCCUGGCCGCGCGGGCUAAGAAGUCCGAGAAGGAGCACGCGGACACGGACAAGAAGAAGAGAGACCUCAUGAUCGAGAAGAUCGCCGAGGGCGGCGACGACGUCGUCCGGUGGGCCAAGGUCUUGGGGUUCGAAAAUGUUGCGUUCCCGAUAGACGAGAUCCAAGCAGCCGCGACGAGAAUGAAGACGGAACGCGCCAACCUUGGCGCCGAGGGCGGCGUUGCUGGCUACGGAGUCGGCGAGGCGAGAGAAGACAUUGGCGGAGUAGAUGCCACCGCGUGUCCCGACGGCCCCGAGGGCACAUACGGCCCGUCCUCGCACAUGAGCAUGGGCAAACAGCUCGCGGCCAUGUCCAAGGAGCACAAGCAGCCGCCGCCCGUGCCCAAAGCCCCCGCAGAGGGCGGAGCGGCGCCGCGGAACCCCUUCACGACGGAGUGGCGGCAUCGCGACGCCCCCAACGGGUGGAUGUACCCGGCGACGUUCGACCCCUAUUACAGCAGCAACCAGUUCAUCCGUCGGUCUACGAGUUACAAGCUGCCUUGCGUAGGCCGAAUUGAAUAUGACGACGACGAAGUACUCGAGGCUGAAGACGACAGAGCCAGUCAUGCACGCCCAGCGACGGCUCCGACUGGCUUGGCAGCGAUGAUUACCACAACUCGGCUCAAGCCCGUCGGGGUAUCAAGUAGAACGAAGCGUCGUAGCGAAGCCUUGAAGAGGAAGACCAGGCGUCCCAAAGAACAGAUUCGAGUUAGGAGGAACAUCACAACUGUGUCGACUCUUCGGCAACAUUCACCUCCCGUACUUUCAUUCUUCAAAACCAAGCGCAGAACAGACUCUCAGCAAGGUCCAGCAACGGGUGAGUCAGCAGCCGAACCGUCCAUCACCAUCACCUCGCCCACGGACCAAACAAGGCCCUUUGAUCAGUUCGAGCAGGCAACCGAGACCUCGACCCUCGCCCCUGAGCUUGGAGACAGCCGUAUCAACACGCCCCUUCGGGAAGAGACCCUGCUCUCCCCGCAGAGCACUGACGAAACAACCGAUGAGGACGACGUCGAUAUGGUCGACAUCGACUCGGAGGACGACGUGGAGGUAGUCGAGGGCGAGGAUGAGGACGACGCGGUCGAGAUCAUGUUGGAGGAGGGCUACGGCCAGGACUGGCUCAUCGAGUGGCUGAAGCGCGACCGCUCCACGUCCGAGGAGGACCUGCGCAUGAUUCACUACCAUGGCUGGCGCGUCCACUCGCCAAAGGUACAGCUCAUCCUCAUCAAGAACUUUCUCGCCGACGAGGACAUGGAUCGCACCAUGGACUGGGAGCGCAAGUUCGCCGAGAUUGGCGAGUUCCUGCAAUACUGCCUCCGCAGGGAGGGUGUCACCAGCAGGGACUGGUACGUCGACCUGUGCGAGUGCAUCGGCAUGCUGCACAUGCACUGGAUGUUUGAGCAAUAUCACUACGGCGAAAAGAAGCUCGUCGUCGACUUUCCGGCGUACUCGGGCGUCAGCACGCGUCUGCCGCCCCUCCUCGACGGGCGCGACCUCAUCGUGGCGAAGCGGCCCAAGGACCCUGUGCGGCCCCGGUACCUCCUCCACCGGGUGCCCGAGUCCGUUCAGGAUGUGGACUACCAGAUCCCCGGACCGCUGCUGCGGACCAUGUUCAUGACCUGGUUCCGCCAGGAUGGCAACCUCGUCUGGUCCGCCGAUCCGAAUGGCCCGAUGCCGGGCUCCGGGCAGCGCGGGGAAGUGUUCCAGUACCAACCGGACUUCAACAUGGCCCUCACCGAGGACGUCUGGUUCGUGCACUGCAUGGACGGCGGGCCCGAGACGACGGCGACGGGGCUGCGCGGCGAGGCCAACUUCUACCUCCUGAACAGCGAGUAUGUGCCCGGCGAGGUCCGCGAGUCCGAGGUCGGCGGGAGGACGCACAAGGCGCAGAUUUAUUACCCCGAAGGCGAGGCCCAGCAGCGCUUCGCCCGGUACCGCGGCGCAAAACGCGCGGCGCUGCAGCAGUGCCUCUCGCACUUUGACGCCGUCGAGAACGUAGCCAUCCAGAGCCCCUUCCGGAAGCUCGUGCUGCCCCUGACGCGCCGGCAGAAGCAGCGCGCCCGGGAGGCGGCCGGCAUCAAUAUCGUCUCCAAGCCGCACGCCGUCAAGACCCUUCCCAAGGGCGCCCAGGCCGACGAUCCGCUGGGCCUGGUGUACUGGUUCCAGAAGAUGCGGGAUAACCACGGCGAGCGCGCGGACGCGGUGCGGGGCGAGACGGAGGAGGCGCACCGGGGGGCCGUCGGGGACCUGGACACGGUGCUGCUGCCGCACAGCUUCCUCGGCCCCAUCACGCCCUUCAAUUUCCUCAAGGAGAGCGAGCGGAGGCUGGUGGCGCGGCACACGCUGUUGGUCAACCUCCGCGACCGGGUGAGGCGGGCGUACCGCCGGAAUCCGCGGCAGAUGCUCGAGGGCGUCGUCGAGAACAUGGACCGCGGCCGGCGCGGGGAGGCCUCGUGGAACAUGCGGGACGAGCUGACGGCGCACCGGGAGAGGCACGGCCGGUACCUCGAGAUGAACGACAUGGAGCUGUACUGGGUCGACUUUGUGUGCGGGCCGUCGACCAACGCCAAGGCGCAGCGGGAGGCGCUGCCGAGCCUUGGCCGGCCGUUCGAUGUGUUCACGGCGCGCGUGCAGACGCUGCUGGACGAGCCGAGCCGGGAGUGCCUCUUCGGCCUCAAGGAGAACAAGGUAGGCUUGCAGCAGGUGACCAUGGCCCUCAACGCCAGCCUGCGGCAGGGCGACUACGUCUUCACCGAGGACAUGGUGAACAAGUACAGCUGGGUCCUUGCCGACCACGGACGACUCGGAUACGAGCGCGCCGAGACGGGCGAGGUGCAGAUCAGCCGGCCCGAGUGCCCAUGGCACCCGGAGAACCGCAUGAACUGGCCGCGGGACGACGACCACUGGGACCCGGCGACGGACCCGUGGACGGCGGCCAACGUGCCGUCGCCCGACCACACGUGGGACUGGGAAACAGCCUUCGCCAACGUAGAAAAGGUCAACGCGACGCGCCGCGCGACGAAGCGCAUGCUGUGGUCCGUCGCCUACCGCGUCGGCAUCGAGCUCGACGCCCUGGCGGCCAAGCUCGCCGGCGUCGACGACACGCUGAGCAGGACGGCCAAGUGGGAAGCCCGCGCCGCGCAGUUGGAGGAUCUCGCGGUGAGCUGGCGGCAGCGGUUCGACUGGCCGGCGGUCAGUGACGGGGACGGGAAUGGCAACGAGAACGAGAACGGGGACGGGAAGGUCGCGAGGCGACCGGCGUCGUAUAUCAGCGUCGUCAAGGCGGGAUACCCGGGGCGGUGGAAGAAGAAGAUGACGGAGGAGCAGGCCGUGGAGAUCGUCCGCAGGGGCAUCAUCGACGAGCUCUCGGCCGGCGCCAGCACGCUCUGGCCGAGUCGGCCGCGCUUCAGCCGCGUUGGGGGGCGGGACGUCAUGACGCUGCACCGGGAGCGCGUGUGGGAGUGGGCGCGGCCCGCGGUCGUUGGGCCCAAGAAGCGGUUCUUCUCGGUGAACCGGUGGCCGGUGCACCUGCAGAGCGAGGCGACGCAGACGGAGAUCCGGACGAGCGAGAUCCGGGCGAAGGCGGAGCGGGAGGCUGAGGAGGCGCAGAUCGCGGCGGAGAUGGCGCGGGUCGAAGCGCGGGCGCGGCCGACGGCGGAGGAGGAGCGCAAGGCGCAGCUGGCGCGGAGCCUGUCGGUGCCGUUCCACGAGGCGAACGACCCGCGGACGCAGUUCUUCCCGGGUCACACGGAGUACUGGGAGGGCGACACGCCGCUGCAGAAGAAGGUUCUCGAGGCGCACGUGCAGCGGGUUAUUGAUGAGGAGCUAGGCCCCAACGACGGCAAAGCCCCGCGCGGAACAGGCUGGUUUGGCCGGGGGCGCGCCCAGACGCCCAGCAGCGGAGACGGAGGCGGCGACGCCUUCGCGUUCCCUGACGUGGUCCCGGAUGUCGUGCCGAGGAGCGUGCCGGCACGGGCCGGUUUGUCCCUGGGGAGGCAGACAGCGGUGUCGGACGGGAUGCCGUUCAUAGUGUCGAGUGUCAUCGAAAGACGGGAGCCGUUGCUUUCACCGCGAUACCCGCCGGACCAGCAGCCGCAGAGCCGGGAGCCGCAGAGAAGGGUGCGGUUCGAGGACCCGGAGUAG